UCUUCUCUUUCGCAGGUCUCUGUUUAACACCUCCUGUCUUGUCUCCUGUUCUUUUCACUACCUCAACCUUCCCUGUUCUCUCUCAUCUUUACUUUCUGAGGCUUCUGUAUCCUUCUUUCCAUCAAAAUGGACGUCACAGAGCCGGUGCAGCCCAGUCUUAACUCCUCCUAUGUUCCGACUGCUCUCGGCAGCCACAACAUCUCUGAGGACGAGGAGAACGAGGAUCAGAAUGCCUCUGCGUCCCUCUUGCCCAAACAUUCCUCAGUGCCUCUGGCUGUGCGCUACAGUCCAGAAGACUCUUAUUGUCUUGUGUACAUAAUCUUCUUUCUGAUGGGUAUCGGCUCCCUGCUGCCCUGGAACUUCUUCAUAACAGCCAAACACUACUGGCUCUACAAAUUGAGUAACAACACUAAUCCCAGCAACAGUGAGGAUCAACGUUCACAACUCAGUGACUACUUUGAAAGUUAUCUGGUCAUUGCUUCCACGGUUCCUUCUGUGCUGUGUCUGAUACUCAACUACUUCCUAGUUAACAGGUUGGCACAC